ACUUGAUGACAGUGAGGUGGUGUCCCUGGGCUGGCUACUCGCCACACUGCAGCUAGCUAGUUACAAUAAGGCAAAGUGGAAAACGUCAGCUAAAGCUAAUGAAAUACUCUCUGACAAACCCCAGGUUUAGAUAAACUGGCUAACCAUUAACCUGUCGCAUGUUCAACGCUUUAAGGGUUCUGGAUAUUUUUCGCUUAAUGCAGGCCACGGUUAAGCCAGCGGCUUUCCUGAUUCGCGAAGCCCCGGUGGAGGUCCAGUUUAGAGCCGAGGUGUUUCCCGACUCCCCGCCCCUCUGAAGCUGGAGGUGCGACGCCACCUGGUGACUAAAAUCCAGCAUGACAGGGGUUUGUGGUUGUUGCAGGGCGCUCAGGCCUCGGUACAAGAGACUGGUGGACAACAUCUUCCCAGAAGAUCCAGAGGAUGGACUGGUCAAAGCCAACAUGGAGAAGCUGACAUUCUACGCCCUGUCAGCUCCUGAGAAGCUGGAUCGCAUCGGGGCCUACCUGUCCGAGAGGCUGUCCAGAGAUGUGGCCCGACAUCGAUAUGGGUAUGUGUGCAUUGCCAUGGAGGCCUUGGACCAGCUGCUGAUGGCGUGCCACUGCCAGAGCAUCAACCUGUUUGUGGAGAGCUUUCUAAAGAUGGUGCGCAAGCUGCUGGAGUCCGACAAACCCUCCCUGCAGAUCCUCGGAACCAACUCUUUUGUCAAGUUUGCCAACAUAGAAGAGGACACGCCGUCGUACCACCGCAGCUAUGACUUCUUUGUGUCCCGCUUCAGCGAGAUGUGUCAUUCGGGCUACGAGGACCCCGACAUCCGCACCAAGAUCCGAAUGGCAGGCAUUCAGGGUCUUCAGGGUGUGGUGAGGAAGACUGUGAACGAUGAGCUGCAGGCGAAUAUCUGGGACCCUCAGCACAUGGACAAGAUCGUCCCCUCUCUGCUUUUCAACCUGCAGAGUGGAGAGCACACCGAGAACAGCCGCUCUCCGUCUCCGCUGCAGGCGUCGGAGAAGGAGAAGGAAAGCCCGGUGGAGCUGACGGAGCGCUGCUUCAGGGAGCUGCUGGGACGAGCCGCCUACGGCAACAUCAAGAACGCCGUCACGCCCGUCCUGAUGCACUUGGAUAACCACUGUCUGUGGGAGGGAAAGACCUUUGCGGUGCGCUGCUUCAAAAUCAUCAUGUACUCCAUCCAGUCCCAGCACUCCCACUUGGUGAUCCAGCAGCUUCUCGGUCACCUGGACGCUAACAGCAAGAACUCGGCCAGAGUGCGGGCCGGCAUCGUGGAAGUCUUGCUGGAAGCAGCUGCCAUUGCAGCCAGCGGCUCUGUCGGUCCUACGGUGUUGGAGGUGUUCAACACUCUGCUGAGGCAGCUUCGCCUCAGCGUGGACUACGAGCUGACUGGCUCAUACGACAACAGCACCAACAUCGGCACCAAGAUCAUCAAAGCUCACGAGGAGCGGCAGCUGCAGGAGGCCGUCAUCAGAACCAUCGGUUCCUUUGCCAACACCUUACCCACCUACCAGAGAUCAGAGGUCAUGCUCUUCAUCAUGGGCAAGAUCCCCGUCCCUGGAGUAAAUCUGACUCUGCCCUCUACUGGAUCUGAGCCUGAAGGAACCAGAAUGAUUCAGGUUAUGUUGCUUAAAUCCUUGGUCCAGGUGACGGCAGGUUUCCAGACGACCAACAUGCUCACAGCGCUGCCCAGCUCGUUCCUGGAGCCGCUGCUGUCCUUCUCUCUAACGGACGACCCAGAGAUUCGACUGUUGGUGCUCCAGAUCCUCCUCAGCCUCAUCGACAGACACGACAACAGACCCAAGUUCGUCAAAAUCAGGAUAAUCUCAGACAUCUCUGUGCUGAAGCUCAAAGUGGACAAAUGCUCCAGACAGGACAAUUUAUUCAUGAAGAAGCACGGUCAGCAGCUGUACCGCCACAUCUACCUGGGCUGUAAGGAAGAGAGCAGCGGCCAGGAGCACUACGAAAGCCUCUACGCUCUGCUGGCUCUUCUCAGCGUGGAGCUGGCCAACGAAGAGGUGGUGGUGGACCUCAUUCGCCUGGCGCUGGCCUUGCAGACCGCCUCCCAGCCCGUCUGGAACCAUUUCAUCAGGUUACGGCCAAAGCCAGAAUCGAUCCGUUCCCAUUUACGAGAUGAAGUUCCCCGACCUUUGUGUGUAUUAGAGCACAAAGGUCUGCAGCGACGUGGUGACAAAAACAACAAAAAUAAUGAUUGUGGCAUCAAUCAACCACAACGCAUGUGGGACAAACUCAGUUGCAACUUAACAAGCCAGAUUAUAAUUAACUUAGUUGUUUUUUUCAAUACACUUUUCCCCUUUCAUGACAGCCAAAACGAGCCAGCUAAAGCUAAUAAAUGCAGCAAACCACAUCACUUCAUCCAUUUCUAAUGAUUGCAGAAACUCCACUGGUUGGACUUUCAAAUUUAGAAAAUUGCCAAGAACUAUGACAGAAAAACUGUGUGUCCCGUAACGGUUAGACAUUCCUUUUUGCUGCUUUUUGUUUGUCCCUCACAGGGUGCCGUACUACUUUUUAUCACUAAGUUUGUCGUUUUGCUCAUGCUUUUCCAAUUAUUUUCAUAGAUUUGAAGACGAGAUGGACAUGUUUUUUUAAUCUACGACCAUCUCACGUGUUACUGAGCACCUUUUGUUUCGCCUUCUUAGUGUUAGCCAGAAGUGCUUUUUUUAAUUAUUAUUUUUAACGUUUUUUUAUGACGGGCAUUUAUUUUUAAACUCGUAUUUAUUAACUACAUUAAAUAGCCGCGAUAACAAAAGUGAGAAGACACUACGGGCCAGUUCAGACCACAUAAACUCCUGUGUUAACAUGUAAUGUUUACCACAUUAAACACUAGAAAGAUGGUUAUUUUUUCCUUCUUCCCAUAUAUAUGUGUAUAUAUACAGAGAAUUAUAUAAAUCUAUAAGCCUAUGUA